AUGAUCCACAAAAUAGUCAUUUCAAGAGUUGUUUGGAGAAUCGUGCUCAUUUUCUUGUACCGCUUUUUUCAGCCAAUCUGUUCUUUUGGCCUUCAUAUGCGUAUUGCUAAUGCUUUCCUUUUUUUUUUUUUCAUCUCUUUAGACGUACCUGGAUUAUUGCUGGAACAGAAGCUGCGAGUUAUCCCCACCUUGGCCACUGUUGAUAACGGCUUGGAAAUUAAGUGUGGGAUUAAAGGCUCUUCAGAGAUUAUCUGGCGCCGGAACAAUGUGGAUUUGCAUAAAAUUCAUAACCCAGAAAUCACAGUAUUCGAUGAUGGCUCUCUGUACAUCAGUAGUGUUGGUAUCCACCACAUGGGUAACUAUACAUGCCAUGACAAGGAGGACCCAAGCAUUAAGCAAACACAUAUCCUUAAAGUACACAUGCCACCCAAAGUGUCUGUUUCACCAACCACCCAGCUGCACAAAUCAAACUCUGAUGUUAUCCUGAAAUGCCAUGCUGAGGGAAUCCCCCGACCAGAACUCAGCUGGGAAGUUAAUGAGAUGCCUCUACCUAACAACCUCAGACACUACAUCAGGCAACAUGAAAAUGGUACCCUUGUCAUCCACAAUGCAAAUUAUCUGACUGACACCGGAGCCUAUAAAUGUAUGGCCCAGAACCAAGCAGGGAAAGCUCAGGACGUAUCUACAGUUUUUAUCCAGAAUCCAAACACUUCUCAGUCUAUGGUAACCACAAACCGAUUCCAUGAGUCAUUCAUGGUAUUCCAUGAAGACGGUUAUAUUGUGUAUGAACCAACUGAAUGUGCUAUUCGGCGUGAAGUAAAAAAAGAUUAUGGAAACUUCAAAUACAUUCCUGAGGCCCUUGACGGACCCCUAUCACUGUGUGAGCCAACCCACCCUUGUAGUUGGGGAUCAACAGUUAAUGUGAAGAAUAAAUUCAUCUAUAUUAGCCAGCCCAGAGAAAACCGAGUGGUUGUUGUGGAAAUAACUCGCAGAUGGAAUCCAGUUCAGGUGAUCAACACUGACAAAGACCCUGUUUCAUUGCAUUACAUUGAAAACUUGGACCAAGUUUGGGUGCUUUGCUGGAAUUCAGAAGAGGACACAGGCUCAAAGACAAUUGUUGUCAUCAGAGAUGCUUCCAAAGACCAACAGCAUCAUGCCGUCCACACACAGCCCAUUGGAAACAGAUUUGACUUGGUGAAAAAGAUGUUUCUACCUCCAACCAACACUUUGCAUCCAACCUUCCGUUUUGGCUAUGUUAUGCACAGUGGUCAGCGUGGCCUCUUUAAACUGGACAUUGAGGGAAUGAAAUAUAUGAAGAACAUUGACCUUAACCAAUACAAGUGCGAACCUGAAAACCUUGCCUUUAUCCCACUUGUUCCUCUAUCUAUUCAACUCAUCAAACAAGGGGAACAUUGCCCAGUGGGGAAAAUAUUGGACAUCCACAUUAGUUCUGUUGGAAGGUUUUUCACUUUCUUGGGUGAUCUAAUAAUAAUAAUUUGUCUUUUCCCUCUCGCCCGCUCUCCUUUUCUUCUUUUUCCCCCCUCCCCCCUCCUUUUUUUCCCCCCUCUCUUUCCCCCCUCUCCUUUUCUUCCUCCGCCCCCUCGUCUUUUCCCCCCCCCCUCUCGACUCUCCUUUUCUUCCUCCGCCCCUUUUCUUCCCCCCCCCUCUCUCGCCCCUCUCCGUCUUCCGCCCCCCCCGUCUUUUCCCCCCCUCUCGCCCGCUCUCCUUUUCUUCCUCCGCCCCCUCGUCUUUUUCCCCCCUCUCGCCUGCUCUCCUUUUCUUCCUCCGCCCCCCGUCUUCCCCCCCUCCCUCGCUCUCCUUUUCUUCCUCCGCCCCCCCCUUUUCCCCCCCCUCUCUCCCGCUCUCCUUUUCUUCCUCAAUUUAUUUUUGAACUGUGGCCACAUUGUGAUUCAGUGCCUUGCCAAUGAAGAAAAUGGAAUGCAGUCCCUACAGCUGAUCUUAGACUACAUUACUGAUAAGGUUAUUGCCAAUUCCACAACUGCGGGAAUUCCCUAUGUCUCACCCGAUUCACAACACAUGGUCAAUGUGAAUAAACAUGAUGGACUGCUCACUGUGACUAAAAUCACAGAAGAUGGAAAAUUUGGCUACAGCUUCACUCUGACAACUAACGGUCCGAUUGAUGAUAUUAGCUUCUUCCAUUCUUCAAGGAAAAGUGGAUAUGACUUGUACUUGACGUCUGCCAAACGCAAUGAUGUCAUCUAUGUCAAUCUGGAGACGGGCAAAAUGGAAAUCAUUGAAAAUGUGGGUCACAACAGCGAAGAGAAAUCAUGGCCCUGGCUCGAAUCGCAAUGGCCAAUCAUCAGUGGAAAUGUAUUUAGCGAUUUUCCUCCUCUCUCAUAUUGUCUGUUUAUCUUCAUCCUUUCUCUCUCCGAUAAUUUCUUCAUCUCUCUUUUUCACCCUUACUCUUCUCCUUCAGCCUUUUUUCAUUAA